UAAGCACCUUACACGUAGAAGUUUGACAGCUCAUAGUAAGAAUCCGCCAGCCCUUCGGGAACGGGCUGAGACGUUCACCUGAUCACGUCUAGUUUAGAAGACAUUAAUUUUCCAGGAUACCACUACACCUGAGGAAAAGUAAUGCUGAACUGUCAACAGAGGCGAGGCGAGACUCAAGUCCAGAAGUGAACGAUCAUCAUUACUACUGCGGACCUGUGAGAGUAUCUAAGCUAAUUUUGGGGAGAGGAAUACAACACACAAAGCUUGCCACAAUGUCGAGAGACCCUGAAGAGGUUAAUAAACUCACCGAGAGUACCUACAAGAAUGUCAUGGAACAGUUCAACCCCGGUCUUCGAAACCUCAUCAUCCUUGGCAAGAGUUAUGAGAAAUCAGUGGCAGCAAUGGCACAGGCCGGAAAGCUAUACUUUGAUGCCGUCUCAAAGAUUGGGGAGAAUGCAGCCAUAUCUCCGGUGUCCAGAGAGCUGGGGGUUGUGCUGAUGGAAAUAUCAGAAGUGAAUAAGAAGGUGUACCUUGAGCUGGAGGAAAAUUUUAAGAAGUUCCACAAAGAGAUCAUCGAAGAACUGGAGAGGAAGACAGAAAUGGACGUCAAGUAUAUGACGGCCACGUUCAAGCGCUACCAGAUGGAGCACAAGAUGAAGCAGGAGUCGCUGGACCGUUCCCAUGCCGACCUGAAGAAGCUGCGGAGGAAAAGCCAGGGCAAGAACGCCCACAAGUAUGAGAGCAAAGAGAACGAGUGCCUGGAGACUCUGUCCAAGCGGCAGGUGGACAUGCAGCAGUUUGUGGCCGAUGGCUGCAGAGAGGCCCUGCUGGAGGAGAAGAGGAGGUUCUGCUUCCUGGUGGACAAGCACUGCAUCUUCUCCUACCAGAUAGCAGCCUACCACGACAAGUCGAAAGAGAUGCUCACUCUGAAGCUGCCCAGCUGGCAGGACAAGUGUGGCGACGCCACCAACAUGCCAGACAGCGUGGUGAACAUGAUCGAGGGGGUCCGCACGCCCAUGGCCGUCACCCCCCAGCCCUCGCCUCAGACACAGCGCCACAGCAGGAGCAACUCCAACUCCCAGCAGUUCUCAAAUAUUCCGCUCGCCAACAUGUUCAACCAGGAGCACGCUGUGGCUCCGGCCCCAGACAUGAACGGCGGGGAUGCGGGCGGUGGCGUGCUGCAGAGGACGGUGUCUGUAUCCACGGGCCUCAACCACAUGGCCCGCCGGCCGCGCGUGCGCACCAUCUUCCCCCACACCUCCGGCAACAACGAGACGCUGCUGAGCUUCGACGAGGGCGACAUCAUCAUGCUGCUCAUCCCCCAGGAGAAGGACGGAUGGCUCUACGGGGAACUCGAGAGGACCGGACAGCGAGGCUGGUUUCCAAGUUCCUACUGCCAGGCUCACGUGGAACCAGCAGCCACGAACAGUGUGUCCCACCCGCCCAUGCGCAGCAGGAGUGUAGUCAACCUGAUGCAGCAACAGCAGCAGGAGGAAGAGGAGGAGAGAGAGAGGCAGCGAGAGAGAGAGAGAGAAAGAGAGAGGGAGAGGCAGAAGGCGUAUGAGGCCCCGGUAGUCCUCCCCCCUCCAGACUACAGCAACUCCCCCACCAGGAGUCAGCCCGUCAUCACCCCCAACAUGACCCCUAACACGGCACACAGGACCCCCACUUCCACCUCCACCCCCACACCCACCUCGGCACACAGCACACCCAGCCCCUCUGCACCCUCGACACCUAGAAUGAAUGGCAUCUCAAGACCACCUUUCCUUGCAGGAGGAAACCCGUUCGCUACUGUCAAGCUGCGACCCACGGUCACCAAUGACAGGUCCGCCCCCCUCAUCAAAUAGACCAGGGGACCAGGAGGCACAAGUAUGGGGGCCAGAGUCCCGUUUGGCUCAGGACGCCAGGGAGGUAUUCCAAGAACCAGGCUUAGUAGUAAACCAGGUUACCAAGUUAACCUUGCGGUAGUGGUAAAUCAUCUAAUAGAAGAGCCAGGAGCUUCUGUCAUUUUCCUAACUAAAUGACACAUGUGAGCUAUCUAUUAGCAGGUUUACCACUUCCUGGAGGUUAACAGCCAUGUUUAUCACUUGGUCAUGUUUGGCAUACCCCCCAGAUGCAUGUAUGAGGGAAAGACAGACACAGUGUGUGACAGCGGUACAGAGUGUCUGUGUUCAGUCUGUGGUGUUUAGAUAGGAAAAUGCUGUAUACUGUUCAUCCAGUCUGGCACUGUGACUUCACAACUACGUUUGUCAGUAGGGACGUACUGUCUGUAGGGACUGUACAUGUAUUUAUGUAUAAUGUUCAGAGAUAUCAUGUGUAUUUUAAAGGAUUUUUAACGUGUCAUUCCUGACAUUGCCAUUAGUGAUAUAGGCAAUUUAUGCAACACAGUAGAAUGACUUGAUGAAAUCUAAAAAUUGUAAAUGCACAAUGGUGGGUACAUAUGUAUAUAAUGUAGCUGAGUAUCUUGUUACGUAUUUUGCUGAAAUCACUGUUGCGGAUGACAUGUUGCCAUAGGACAAAUACUGAAUGUGGGAAACUUAAUGUGGGAGUGAACUGUGUAUACUGACUGCCCACCUGACAGCAUUGUCUGUGUUGUAAUGACAUGUGUUGUCUGGUGACAAUCACGCUUUUCAUUCAUUACUUAUCAGGCGUGUAUGUUACAGUGUACAUGCGGACUGAAGGGGGGAAGAACUGCAUGUUGGUAUAUUGUCUGUAUGUGCAAGAACUGGUGGAUAUACGUGGUGUCCCAAAAUGUAUAUAUGUUUGUCAUUUUCAAAGUAUAGAAUUUAUUGCUGACAACGCAAAUCACACAUUCUUCUAUUGGAUUUUCUUGUACAUUCAAUGGCUGCAUUCUCUUUCAGUGUCUUUUUUAAGUUUCGUAGAGAAAACUUUAGGCAUGGGUUUGAGAACCGGCAGUGACAAAAUUUGAUUGAAUUUUUAUGAACACGAACGUUAUAAUCAUACAAAGUGGGUAAUACAUUUUUGGACACCUUGAUCCAAGCACUAAGGAGGGAUGCACAGGACAGACAUGAUUAUUUGUCAUGAUGUAAGACGUUGGACAGAGAGACUAGGCAGGCCUGGUUGUAUGUAAUAAUUACUUGGGGACUUCAAUACACAGAUGGGACUUGUGGGGACCCAAAACACACACACACACACACACACACACACACACACACACACACACACACACACACACACACACACACACACACACACACACACACACACACACACACACACACACACACACACACACACACACAGGGGACUUGAGGGGAUUAAAACACACGCUGGGAACCCCUUGAAGGUUAACACAUAUUGCUACAAUAAGUUUUCUCUUGGUGGCCCAAAUAAAUCUAGUGAGCAAACACGGAUACGGUGUAAUAUAAGGGAAAAAGUAUAUGAACUAUUUGUAAUUUCAUAUUGUGACUUAUGUAAACCAGUGAUAUCCAUGGUAUCCCAAAAUGUUCAUAUACUGUUCUGUCCCUUGGCACUGUUGUUGGCCUACAGCAAAACUUAACGAUGCAUUGCAAAUGUGUUCCUAAACAUGGAAUAAAUCACAAUUUCUCCUUCUUUAA